GUAACAACUAACAACCAAUUAGCUACUGCCAGCAGAAACCACGUACCAGCUGACGUUGAUCGGAUGAUGAUUUUUUGGACGUAGGUAUUUGUAUACAUAAAACAAAAUCCCCCAUCAAUCCAGAAUUUGCAAUCGUUCUUUCUCCGAUCAUGGCAAGUGGAACUGGUGAGGUUUCAAAGAAGCUGAAGCUCUAUUCCUAUUGGCGGAGCUCUUGUGCUUGCCGCGUUCGAAUCGCUCUCAAAUUAAAAGGGCUAGAUUAUGAGUAUAUCGCAAUUAACUUGCUCAAAGGGGACCAGAAAUCUCCAGAGUUUUUGAAGCUUAAUCCACUUGGAUAUGUGCCAGUACUUGUGGAUGGUGAAUUUGUAGUUGCAGACUCUUUUGCUAUAUUACUGUAUCUAGAAGAGAAGUAUCCUCAGCACCCAUUGUUGCCAAAAGAUCUUCAGAAAAGGGCUCUCAAUUACCAGGUGAACAAUUGCUGGUUAAAUAUCUCUGUUUGGGAACAAUGUUAUUAGGUUUAAAGAAGUACA